UGUGCAAAGUCCUGUGUGUGUCGUUUGUGUGUCUGCAUGGUCAGUCAGAUGUGUGUGUGAGUGUGAGUGAGUGAGUGACUGCAUGGUCAAUCAGGCGUGUGCAGUGUCGUGUGUGUGUCUGCAUGUCAGUCAGGCGUGUGCAGUGUCGUGUGUGUGUUUGCAUGGUCAGUCAGGCGUGUGCAGUGUCCUGUGCCUCGGGGACCCCUGACGAUUGGGGUGCCCUCUCCCCCCCCCCUACCCUUUGUGUUGCAGACGUGUUCCACUGGACCUGCCUGAAUGAGCUGGCGGCCCGGCUGCCCCCCAACACCGCUCCCGCGGGGUACCAGUGCCCGGCGUGCCAGGCCCCCGUCUUCCCCCCCGCCAACCUGGCCAGCCCCGUGGCCGACGUGCUGCGCCAGAAGCUGUCCACCGUCAACUGGGCCCGGGCGGGCCUGGGCCUGCCUCUGAUCGAGGAAGCGGCGGACGUGCCGGAAAACCCGCCGCACGACGUCACCGACUACACGGACUGGUCCACGUUCGACUGUGAGUCCUCGGGAGCGGCGGCCGGCGAGGUCCGUUCUUCCCAGCCCCUGACCCCGCGCGCUCUUUUCGCCGGCAGGAACCGUUCGGGCACGAAGAGGACAGCCCUGACCCUGAAACAGCGGGUCCUGCUGGUGCUGCUGCUCGGCGUGCUGGGUUUCGUCACCCUCGUCGUCGUCAUGUCCAAACUGGGCCGGGCCUCGGCCGACAGCGACCCCAACCUCGACCCCCACCUCAACCCGCACAUCCGCGUGGGGCAGAACUAGCCCCCCCCCGCCCUCCCGAGUGGAGGUGGGGGGGGUGGUGGGGUGAAUUUGUACCAGAUACCACCCAGGGGGACCGAGAUGACUGACUGGGGCAUUUCUGUGUCGUGAGGAAAAUACAUCCUCCUGAAAGCUAUCGUGUGGGGCUUUUUUGUGGGGACCUCGACACUCUUGCCUUCCUGGGGCAAGAUUAACUACCCCUUCUGAGCAACCUCCCCCCACACUGUCCCACACUGGGUGGGGGGGGUGGGGCAAUAUUUCUGUAUCUAAUUAUCUUUAAUUAAGGGAUUUGCCGUGCUCUCUCCUCUGCUGUGUUCAAGGUGUUUCUGCUUGUAUGGUCGUUUCUUUUUUGGUGGGGAGAGAUGGUGAACCACAGCUGGUCACACACACACACCUUUGUCCUCGGUCCCAGGACAAACCCGGCGUGUUUGUCCUAGCCAGCUGUCGGCCCCUGCCCGCGCGUGGCAGUUUCAGUUGAGCUCUGUCCCCCCAAUUUUCUAGGGCUGAACGAGUUACCGAGAUGCUCCUCCAGCAAUAAGCUUACUUCCCGAAAUCAGCUUAGUUAUUGAAAUUUAAAACUACCCAGCGGAAGGGCAAAUAAAUGCCCCCGUUGCUACACUGCAGCCUCAGUUCUGCGCCAGUUUCGUGGGGCACCCAGGGUGUAGAGUUGCCCCAGUAGCCCUUUCUUUCCCCCUCUGGGGUAAAAGUUCCUGAGCAGCCUGAACUCCGGAGGGCUGGAUUCCAGUUUUCCAAAGUGGGAGGCGGAGCAGGGGGAUCCCCAGUCCUGGUCCUGGUCCCCAAUCCGGGCUCCCCAGCUGGUUAUCCAGCUGGGCUCGGAAGGAAGCCGAUCAGCUCGUUAGUGGUUAAAUUAGUGCAGGUUAACAGCUUCUCCCAGCUCUUCAGGGGCUGCUGCUUCUAAAGACCCCUGUUUUAGAGAAGCCGAACAUCCUGGGGAAAAAGUUCGGAAUUUUGGGGGGACCAGGGUCUUGGCGGGAUAUGGGCACCGGCACAGUGUGUUUUCCAUAAAACCCUAAUCCAGGCAGCCACCCCCGAACCGGCUGUCUUUUAUUGAGAUAAGGAAGGUCAGUUAUCAGAUAAGCAAGUCGUUCAGUUAGAGAUGGAGGGUGUUCUGAUUGUUGUCUCAGAUUUAUUUAGUUGCCUCCACAGGUUGCCUGUGUAAAGAUCACAAGAGGGUCCAGGUAUUUAGAAAUUAGGAUGAAGUGGUGGCGACCCAUAACUAGUCCAUAACUAGUGCAUAACUAGUACUAGUAGAGUUUUCUGGGUGUAUGCUGUGAUGUACCUUCCCUGUAAAAUGGACCAGGCCGUUACUGUGUCUUUACUGGACACCAGUUUGGUUGGACACCCCUGACCUAUGAUACCUGCUGGACUGAGGCUCUCUGGACAGGUGUGGGACACCCAUGACCUCUAAUACGUGCUGGACAGGUGUAGGACACCCCUGACCUAUGAUACGUGCUGGACUGAGGCUCUCUGGACAGGGGUAGGACACCCCUGACCUUUAAGACCUGCUGGACUGGGACUCUUCAGGACAGGGGUAGGACACCCCUGACCUCUAAUACGUGCUGGACAGGUGUAGGACACCCCUGACCUAUGAUACGUGCUUGACUGAGGCUCUCUGGACAGGGGUAGGACACCCCUGACCUUUAAGACCUGCUGGACUGGGACUCUUCAGGACAGGGGUAGGACACCCCUGACCUCUAAUACGUGCUGGACAGGUGUAGGACACCCCUGACCUAUGAUACGUGCUGGACUGAGGCUCUCUGGACAGGGGUAGGACACCCCUGACCUUUAAGAGCUGCUGGACUGGGACUCUCCAGGACAGGGGUAGGACACCCUUGACCUUUAACACUAUAAUACCUGCUGGGCAGAGGUAGGGCACCCCAACCUUUAAAACAAGAAGAUGUGUUAAGCUGUAGGUGCACAUUGAAGAAGGGGGGGGAGGAGAGAGAAGGGCUGAGGUCAGGGGUCGUGUCAUUUCAGAGUGAUCUUCAAUCGCUACCGUUCGGAAGUGGCUGUGCUGAACAUUUCCCGUGGCCCCAAGUCAGAAUUGCUCGGGAAAACGAGCGAGCGUCUCCGAACAUGAAUAACACGGGACUGUUCGGGAAGAGGCAGGAAAAAAUUCCUUUUCAAAAACCAAUCUUAAUUGUAUUUAUGACAAUUAUAUUAUUUAAGCACCAGACUAAUCUUUUUUUUGGGUUUGUUUUCUCUCUUUAUUUCUUAAUCUUGUACUUGUUAACACUGAAAGCAGCACAGUAAUUAUUUUAUUGUGAUUAAACUGUUUGGAGAUUU